AUGCCACGAAGAGGAAGAUCAGCUUCUCCACCACCAGCAUCUCGCAGACAAAUGGCUGCGCCUCCUAAACAAGCUGCUGCUCCAACAAAAGCUCCAGUUGCAGCGGCACCGCCACCAACGGCUGUUGCUCCACCAAUGGCUGCACCAUCUCAGGGACCUGGAAUGAUGGCUAACAUUGCAUCAACCGCUGCUGGUGUUGCAAUUGGACACACUAUGGGACAUGCAAUUACGGGAAUGUUUAGUGGAGGAUCUUCAGAUGCACCAGCAACACAAGACAAUGCCUCACAACCAGUUGCGACUCAACAAGCUUCAUCAGAACAAUCAUCAUCAGGCCCAUGUGCAUGGGAGAUCAAACAAUUCCUUCAAUGUGCUCAACAACAAUCCGAUUUGUCACUUUGCGAAGGUUUCAACGAAGCUAUUCGACAAUGCAAGUCAGCAAAUCAUAUGUAA